AGCGUAGAGUUCAUUCUAAAUACAGCUGUUUAAUCAACAAUUUAUUUUGCUUACACCUUAUAGAGGGUUGGAAACUAUAGGAAAUAGGUGAAAAAUGCAGAAUUUAGGCAAACCUGAGGAGCAAGUCGUAAAUUCCCGACUUGAGCAAGUGGCUAGACCUCUAGAAUUAGCUGAUGCACUCAAAUCAGUGUUAGGGCAAUCCAUGGAAGAAGUACAAACUGCAAACCAAAACGAUGGUUUAUUCGCACCCCAGUCGCAGGAACAGAAAUCAGCAAAGAAACGUGCGUCCGCAGAUAAACAGCAAGUAUAUGGGUACAUGAAAAAGAAGAUUCUUAACCAUUUGGAAAAUAAUAGUUGCAGCUCAAAUAGUGUAAAUGAUGUGAUAGCAGCUUCGAAAUUUAAUAGGGACGUAAUACUCGAAUAUUUAAAUCAACGAAUGCAAAUGGCUGUAAUGAAUGUGCAUGAAGAGUGUGAGUCGCCAAGUUUUAAGAACAUUGAAGCCUGGUUAGAGCAAUUCAAAAAAUGGAAUUUACCCCAGUCAUGCUUGUAUGAACCUGCUCUAGUUAUGAAUGGCAUUGCAAAUAAUGAGGAUAUUCCCCCAGCAAACCAAUUGGAAGGUAUAGACCUAAGAUCUGUUUAUAAAUUUCUAGGAAAUGCAUUAAUGGGCUUACCACAACCAAAAUUAAAUACCAAAACAGCGGAGUUUUUAGCUAAAGAGUUUGAGCCUCUUACUUUAUCAUCAUCAUCAUCUAUCAAUCCACCGAAAAAUCAAACCGCCAGGAUCAUCAAUGAACCUACUAAAGAUUUUCCAAAUGAAUCCAAUAAGGAAUAUUAUUUUUAUGACAAAGAUUGCAAAGGACCUUUUAUUGUAUGUACUGACACCAAACCUAAUCUAGAAGGAAGAAAACCCAAUAACGCUAUUACGAUUCUCGUCUCAGAAGCCAACACAAGUGUAGGCGAUGAACACACAGUUCUCUUGCAUAAUAUUUUAGAAGGCUACAAAGAGCUGCCAACUCAUUCGCAAACAGGAAAAUGCAGCAUCGAUCCUUUUUGUAUCGAUGAUGAUAAGAGAUCCCAACAACAAUGAAUUGUGUGAAAAUUAUGAAUAUUCUAAAUAAAGAAGACUGUGUAAAAUUAUAAUAGCAUAAUUUGCUUUUAAACUUACCUUGGUGCUGAAUUUGCUGAGGUAAAAUAAAUUAACUUUAAAAUUAAAAAUGUCAAAAUAAGUUCAAUAAAAAAGACAAUAUUUAAAAUUUUUCCACAUUUAUU